AUGCCUGCCAUGGAUAUCGAAUACGCCAACAGCCAGCGGUCACCACCCAUGGCUAUUGCCUCUCCUCGGACUGUCGCGCAGGAUGCGCCGCCGGCCGACUCGGGACAUCUGCCGAUUCCCAAGUUGAACCACGAUGCGAUUCGGGAGAAGGCCAGAAAGCGGAAGAAGAACAAGAAGAAGGCGAUGCCACCGGCUGCACCGGCUGUGAAUGUGAUCAAGGGCUUUCAGACACCGGGCACUUCUUGUGGUGAGGAAUCGGAUGUGUCCAGGCUCGGCACACCGCGGAUCGGCGCAACCAGGAUGGGAGACAUGUCGAGUGCGUUGAGCAGUCCAGCACUGCGACCCGCGACUCCUUCAGGCGGCAUCAGUGCUUUGCGCGCACGAUUGGAUGCGCUUGCCCUCGAGCAAGACGAUGACAAGCCAAACCUUAUGCGGACUAUGACUGCUUCUUCGGCCUGCAGUAUGGCACCUUCUUCGCGUGGUAGUGAUGGGGACAGGACUGAGAUGGAGACGUAUGACGUCCCGCUGGACCAGGACUUCGUGAGCUCUGAAGCGGGAUCACGCACACYAUUAUUUGCAUCCCAGGCUAUCGAAGGUGGUCUUCGCAGCAACUCCAUCCAUCGUAAAAUGUGUGCCGAAGACUUUGAGCAGAUGAGGUGCCUUGGAAAAGGCGCAUUUGGAACGGUGCAUUUGGUGAAGCAGGCUGCGACUGGCAAGCUGUAUGCUCAAAAGCAGUUCAAGAAGGCCAGCAUCACCGUACACAAGCGACUUAUCGAACAAACGCGCACCGAGCGGACGAUUUUGGAGUCGAUCAACAGGCAUCCGUUCGUCGUCAAGCUCUACUAUGCUUUYCAAGACCACGAGAAGCUCUACCUUAUCUUGGAGUACGCGCAGGGAGGCGAGCUUUUUCAUCAUCUGGCAAUGGAGCGCAUGUUCACCGAGGAAGUCGCGGCCUUCUACAUGGCCGAAAUGGUCCUCGCUUUGGAGCACCUGCACCAGAAUGUUCGAGUAAUCUACCGUGAUCUCAAGCCGGAGAAUUGCCUUCUUGAUACGGAAGGCCACUUGCUGUUGACCGAUUUWGGACUGUCAAAGGUUGCACUCGAUGGGGAAGAUGAACGAACCAACAGUAUUCUGGGAACCAUCGAAUACAUGGCUCCUGAGGUCGUCGAAGGCAAGCCAUACGAUUUCUCUGUGGACUGGUGGGGUCUCGGAGCUAUUGGAUUUGAUCUGCUCACCGGAAGUCCUCCUUUUGGCGGUAACAACCACGCCAAGAUCCAGCAGAACAUUAUCAAGGCGAAGCUGCAACUACCAUACUUCCUUGGCCCAGACGCCAAGGAUCUUCUCACACGUUUGCUGCGCAAGGAACCACACAAGCGACUUGGAGGCACGACUUCAAAAGAGAUCAAAGUUCUCAAAUCUCACCGCUUCUUCCGCAAGAUUGACUGGAAGAAGCUCGAGAGGCGCGAAUGCGAGCCACCGAUUCAACCCGUGAUCACUGACCCAGAGCUCGCGGAGAACUUCAGCAAAGAGUUUACCGACCUUGCUAUGAGCCCGGUAGUGACUCGUGACGGCGCGACGUUUGACGAAAUGGUUGCGGAUUCGUACGCUACUGGGGAGUCGAACCCAUUUGGAGGCUUCAGCUUCGUUGCGAGCAAAAGUUUGCUGGAGGAUGACGAUGCAUUCAUGUUGGACGACGCUUGA